GGCGUCCCCUCCAACUCCAGCGCGGCGCCGGCGAUUCUUCUCCGCCCUGAUGAACAACGCGGUGCUCUUCGACCAGGCCACCUACGCAGAUCACGCCCUCCGUCCUCUCCGAGCGCCUCAGGUAGCAGCAUGGGCGAGUUGAGGUGGGGGACAGAGAGGCUGUGUCGUGCGGGUUCUGUUCAUGGUAUAGCAGCACACUUUCCAGCGUCGAUCUGAGCAAACGAUGAUGCAAGGCUACUCCCCUUGUACUGCAUGUCUUCAUCGACUUGAAUCUUUGACAGGGAGAUAUUUAAAGCCUUCACUUGUUCAUUGUAUCAUCUGCUAAUUACUUUUUCUAUUAUUUUCAUGCAAAGCACGUAAUGGUUUGGAGUAGUUGAUCAUGGCCUGAUGGAACAUUCAUGUUGUUAGCAUUUCUAUAUCUACACUAUUACAGCAGCUUGUUGAUCAAGCGCUUCUUUCUAUCUAAAUGUGUGCACAGAAGUUCAGUUACCUUCUAAAAAAUUAUUGGCGCACUAUCUAUCUAUAUAUAUACACUAUCUAUAUAUAUAUACACUAUUACAACAGCUUGUUGAUCAAGCGCUUCUUUCUAUCUAUAUAUAUACACUAUCUAAAUUGUUUGCAAUGACAUUAUGCACAUGAGGCAGGACUAUACAAGUGAAUUGUCACAGUAAGGUCCUUCCAUGGAUUUCAGUGGCUCCUUGAGUUGUAAGAUGCAACUCCAACAUUGAAUAUAUUUUGAAUGUUUCCAAAGAUACUCUCUGUUACGUUUACUUCAAUAUAUACAUGCAUGUUACUGAUAGAAGCUGGCUGCAGGAAUCCGUACACAUAUAUACUCUCUUGUACUGUACAUUGCUAGAUCACUCACUAGGCAUUAUGUAAUACUACUAGGAGAUAUGGGUGAGGGACUAAAAGGAUGAUACGCUUCCAUGAAUUUAUUUCAACUGGCUUACCAGUACGCCGCCAAGGGGGCAUGCCUUGCCCUGGUAGCAAGGAAGGAGUGGAGCCUGUGGCAGGUCGCCGACCGCGCCUUCGAGCUCGGCGCGCCGGAUGUGAUCAUUCUCCCCGGGGACGUCGCAGACCCCGACGACUACAACCGAUUUGUUCAGGCCACAAUCGACCACUACGGCCAAUGGCGACCGUGGAAGGCAUGAUGAUAGUUCAUAUUGUCAUUCUGUUAGUCCAGUGUAAUGAAGGUCAUGGCCUAGUCAACUAUGGUCGCCCAUUGAGUCGUGCAUAUGUUUCAUAUGAUUGGAGCAGGGGCCCAAUUUGUGCCGAUUGUCACUGCAUAUGUUUAACAGUGAUUCUACUUGUAUAUGUGUUAUUACACUAGUAGAAUUUGUACCUGUGCGAUGACUGGAGCAGGAUCCCAAUAUUUGUAGAGAUUGUAACAUUGAUUGUCA